CCUGGAACAUCAACAACUCGAAGCCUCCACCAAAACAACCAUCUCCACCCCAUGAUUACUUGUCGCUCGCUCAUUUCGAACGCCGGACACGGUGCACAUUGUCGUAUAUUUAAAGGUGCAUUGGAAUUAAGCGUGCAUCUUUGGACGUUUAUAAGCCAUGGCGUCUGCUGUGCUAACUCCCGGUCGCAUUAAGCGGCGGGAAAACCAGUUCUUCGAUGUCGGCAUUCAGGGACGGAAAACCGGAAUCACGCUCAAAGACACUGGGAUCCGAGACGAGAAUGGGAUGAUGCCCCUCGAUGGCAUCUUCUCGAGUCCGCAGAAGAGCCCGCCGAAGCAGAUAUUCGAAACCCAGAAUGGGAAACUUGUGAGCGCAUCAGGUGAGAGUAUGCAGAUGAGCUCUGCGCCCGAAGUCACCGAAGUCCUAUCAGCGAGGAGGUUGAUGCAAAGCGGAAAGAAAUUGCUCCCUCCACCAAUGGGUCGAUCGCCGAUCAAGACGUCUCUCGGGUCUUCACCACAACGACUUUCAAUCGCAGCGAACUCGGCAAGGAAGGCAGCCAUGACCCCAACAGGAUCGCUCCGGAAGCCACCGAUACGGAAACUGGACUUUGAUAUGGACGAGCCGAUUGCGAGCAUCGAACGAAGCCCGACAAGGACCAUCAAAAUUGGUAGAUACGAGCCGGAGCAGAGUCCGCUGAUCAGGCGGAAAAGUCAGGCUAGUGUGGCAGAGGACGAAGUUCUACCUCGAAGCAGCCCUGUCCAUAUGAAUGGACUCAAUGAAGAUGACGAGUACACUCUACCACAUUACGGCGACGAUGAUUCUAUCCAGAUGCUGCAUGGGGCGAACCAAUCCUUUGUCCGGGCCGAACAGACCGUGAGUUCGACUCCCGAAAGUCAAAGAAAGGGCGCCGUAAGAAGCAGUAAUAUCUCGAACAUGCCCUCGGAUCCGUUUCAAGAUGCUCCGUCCUCUGGAACACGAAACAAACGAAAGCGCAUUUCCGAUGAGGCCAUUGACCCCUCACUACUUCAGAUGGAACCUUCUGCAGGGCCCAUCGAAGCUAGCCACUACGAUAUCUCCCCUAAGGUACCUAUCGCAGCGCCUCAGGAUCUGCCACCGCCCCAGGAUCUGCCAGAUGCAGAGACACCCGAGCGCUUUACUACGGAUUUCUCGGACGAAGAUGAUUAUGAUCCAACGCUUGCCAACGCAAAGAGCAAGGCUAAGACUCGCCGCAGUACAGCUACCAAUGCAAAUAAAAAACUCCAGAUCUACGAAGAUGACUACGCAGAGGCGGGCGCUGAGGCGUCCGAUAGCAUGCCGCCACCUGCCGCAAAACGGGCCAAAACAUCAAAGAAGCCCGCAGCGCGCGACCCGAAUGCUCGAAUGAACCGCACUGUCUCACGUGGUGCUUCCGCAAAACCGUCCUUCCCACCACCAGCCUAUGCCCGCGAUACCUACUCUCCACCGACCCGUGCACGAACGGGAAGCGUGGCGCGCGGUGCCUCUCGAGGAGCAUCUGCUGCGCCAUCCAAUGGACGAAGUCGCAGUCAUGCGCCACGCACAUUGCAGAUUCUCCGACAAGCCACGCCGUCCGAGGACGACGGUGCAUUGAGGACGCGGAGUGGGCGGACGAGCAUCCAGCCGGUCCACUGGUGGUGUGGCGAGCGGGUGGAUCGCGCGCACGAUGGGUCGAUCAAGGGGGUGACAAGAGUGGAGGAGGCGGAGAUGGAGUUGAAGAAGAAAAAGAAGGCGGCAAAGGGGAAGAAGCUAGGCGCGAAGUCAAGGCCGCCGGCGAAUAGACUUGGGAGUUUAGAAGAAAUUAGGGAAGAGGAGGAGGAGGUCGAGGAGGUCGAGGAAGAGGAAGGGAUGGAAGAAUGGGAGGCGGAGGGAAGGGUGUUGACAGGGCGGGUGAAGUCAUGGGAUUUGGCUAUGAACCCAGAUCUAGAAGGCGAGGACGUGGAGAUGGAGAUCGCCUACGGACGAAACUCCAUCGAACUCAAAGACGUCGCGGGCGCUGACUUCCAAUACGGCAAAUGCAUUGCGCUACCCUUCUUCGGUGCCGGACUCGUCGAUAUCCCGCCCGGUGGCUACAAGAGAGCGAAGAAUUCCCGACGAAUGCAGAUGACAUUCUUCGUACACGAGGGGAAGGUCACCGUGAGUGUUGGGGAUGAAGGCUGCGUCUUUGCUAUCAGCAAAGGCGGCCUUUGGUCGGUUCCACGGGGGAAUACCUAUUCGAUCAAUAACGAUAGUGCGACGCCGGCGAGAAUAUUCUUUGCACAGGGGUGUGAGAUGGUCAUGGAUGAGUAAAGGCGUUUUGAUUAGGUGUUUUGGAUUCUUGUCUCGAUACCAUGACGGAAGGCGUUGAUUGGAAAGGCUAUGUCCCGGAGGAUGAUGAUGAGUUUCAUGAAAGAAUUUCUACUU